AUGCGGACGUGCGGACGUGCAAGUGGGUGGGUCAGUCGAGGUCAGCGGGUCAGCGGGUCAGCGGGUCAGUCAUCGGGGGCGGGGGCGCGGGCGGGGGCAGUGCGGGGGCAGGGUUGGGGCUCUUGGUCGCCGGCCGGGUAUCUACGAUGA